CCGGAAGUUGUAGGCUGAAGCAAAUCAUAUGAGUACUUGGUUGGUGAAUGACGGGCCUCGUUGGUUAGUUAUUUGUCUAUGGCUGGCGACGAACUUCGGCCUCUUUCUAGGCUUUUUUCUGAAGUUCUAUGAAAACAAUGAGUAUUAUUACCUUCGCAAACUUCUUCUGGCUGGUGCUCUUGGGACAGCAAGGGGAGCUGCGGCCUGUCUGAAUUUCAAUUGCAUGUUGGUGCUGUUUCCUGUCUGCAGAAAUCUGAUAUCUUUAUUUCGAGGCAGUUGUAGGUGCACACCACAAUCUGUAAGGCGAUUGCUGGACAAGAACAUUACUUUUCACAUUUACAUUGCAAGUGCUAUCGUUAUGUGGGCAGCUGUGCAUGCAGGAGCACAUAUGUUUAACUACCUCUACUUUAGCACAAGCUGGAGCAAAAUAGUUCGCACGAAUGAAAUCGUAGUGACGGUCCUUCCAUCUGGUCUUAACCCAGUCAGUCAGGGGCAGGAUGAGUCAUUGGCACUAUUUUCAACAGUUGCAGGGAUUACUGGAGUUGUUCUUCUUAUUUGUCUCUUUCUGAUGGUUACUUCUUCAAUUGAAAUAAUGCGUCGGUCUUUUUUUGAAGUGUUUUGGUAUACUCAUCACCUCUUUGUCGUCUUCUUCGUUGCACUUAUUGUCCAUGGCAUUCAAGGAAUAGUGAAGGGACAGAGUAAUCCAGAAUCAAUCGGAUCGGUGAUUCCAAAUGCUGUUAACUACAGUCACCAAGAUCCAGUCCUUUGUUACGCAUAUGAAACAUCCAUUUUCGAUGAUGUGGACUGCCAGAAUAUGUCAUGCUUAAAGAAGAUGUUUGGUCAACAAUUGGAAAACUACUGUAAUGCGAACAAUGCAGUCAUCGAGUCAGGUGGUGCAAAGACAUGGCAAUGGGUUGUUGUUCCUCUUGCCUUCUACCUUCUUGAAAGACUGGUCAGGUUCUGUCGUACAUCACCAGAAGUUAUUGUGAUGAAGGUUUUGAGCCACCCAUCUCAAGUGUUAGAGAUUCAAAUGAGGAAAAGGGGUUUUCAAGCUGUUGCUGGUCAGUAUGUAUUUAUACAGGUUCCAGCUGUCAGCUUUUUUGAAUGGCAUCCAUUCACUCUAACUUCUUCUCCAGAAGAGGACUACUUCAGUGUUCAUAUUCGAGUAGUUGGUGAUUGGACAGAGGAAGUCGCUACGCUGUGUGGUAUGGGAAAUGAUGCAGAGUUUCAAGCACGACAUCGAAUGCCAAGCAUUUUUAUUGACGGACCAUUUGGAACUUGCAGUGAGGACAUAUUCAGAUAUGAAGUUGGAGUAGCAAUUGGAACAGGAAUUGGGGUAACACCAUUUGCAUCUAUUCUAAAGUCAUGUUGGUAUCAGUCUCUGGAACCUAAGAAACAUGAAAGGAUGAUGCUGAAAAAGAUUUACUUUUUCUGGAUAUGUCCUGAAACGGAGGCCUUUGAGUGGUUCCAGAGUCUGUUGUCAAGUCUUGAGGAGCAGAUGCUAGCGUCGAGAGACAGUGAUUUUAUUGAGUACAAUAUUUAUUUGACACGAGGGUGGGAUCACAAAACUGCUCAUUACAUCUACAUGAAAGAAGAAGAACACGGAGAUGCCAUCACCGGCCUUCAACAGAAAACCAAGUUUGGUCGUCCUAAUUGGGACGAAGUUUUUUCAGAAAUAGCACGCCAACAACAUGGCAAAGACAUUGGGGUAUUCUAUUGUGGCCCAAAAGCUCUGUCCAGAACCCUGCACAAGAAAAGCAACGAAUAUUCAACUAGUGAAACUCGUUUCUUUUACAACAAGGAAACUCGUGAGUUGGAAUUUGCGUCGAUCAUGGUCAACUACAACUGGAUUAUCAACGAUGGACCUCGCUUCCUUUUCUUGUUUUUGUGGCUGGGAACUAACGUUGGUCUCUACAUUGGCUUUCAUUUGAAGUUUGCACAAGGCAGUGAAUUCUACUACCUUCGUAAAGUGCUGCUGGAUUCUCUUGCUGUAGCAAGAGGCAGUGCGGCGUGUCUAAAUUUCAACUGUAUGUUGGUGUUGUUUCCUGUGUGUCGAAACCUUAUUUCAAUGUUUCGCGGGAGCUGCCGGUGUACUCCUCGUUCAGUCAGACGGUUGCUGGACAAGAACAUAACAAUACACAUUUAUAUUGCGUUAGUCAUUGUCUUGUGGACAGCUGUGCACACUGGAUCCCACAUGUUCAAUUAUCGGCGUUUUGUGACAAGCUGGAAUCUCAAACGAGAGGGGGAUGGAGCCACAAUUGUCAGUCUUCUCCCCGAUGGCCUUAAUCCAGUAACUGAACCAGGAAAUAAUGAAUCUGAAGUCUUGUUUACAACAAUUGCUGGAAUUACUGGCUUUGUUAUUAUCAUCUGCUUGUUUCUCAUGGUUACAUCGUCUAUUGAAAUUAUGAGACGGUCAUUUUUUGAAGUAUUUUGGUACACUCACCAUCUUUUUGUCGUCUUCUUUGUUGCUCUUAUUAUCCAUGGUAUCCAAGGUUUAGUGCAGGGGCAAACUAAUUCAGAAAGCUUGCAAUCAAGUACCAUAGCCAGUAGUGAUGAAUACUUGAAACAAGACCCUGUCGUUUGCUAUGCAUACAAUGCAAGAACCUUUGAUGAUGUUGACCAAAAUAGUUCAGAAGCAAUGAGAGCUGUGUAUGGUGCAAGCCUGGAUGAUUACUGUAACAAACGAUGGGGAAAGGUUGCUCCAGGAGGUGCUCAAACUUGGAAAUGGGUUGUUGUUCCACUUGUGCUCUACCUCAUAGAAAGGCUAGUACGAUUUUUUCGAGCAAGGCAGGAAGUUGUUGUGACAAAGGUGGUCAGCCAUCCGUCUAAAGUGCUUGAAAUUCAGUUGAAGAGGAAAGGGUUUCAUUCAGAAGCGGGGCAGUAUGUGUUUAUUCAAGUUCCCGAGAUUCGGCUUUUUGAGUGGCAUCCUUUCACUCUCACAUCUUCUCCAGAGGAAGACUACUUCAGUGUUCACAUUCGAUCUCUUGGAGAUUGGACAGAGAAAGUUGCCAAGCGUUGUGGAGUGGGAGUAGAUGCUGGUUUUCAACAUGCUUUUCAGAUGCCAAAGAUAUUGAUUGAUGGACCAUUUGGGACAUGUAGUGAGGACAUCUUCAAGCACGAGGUGGGAGUUGCUGUUGGUGCUGGUAUUGGAGUCACUCCGUUUGCUUCUAUUCUCAAGUCGUGCUGGUACCAGUCACUUGAUCCAAACACAAACAUGAAGCUGAAAAAAGUUUAUUUCUUUUGGAUUUGUUCUGAGCCAGGAGCAUUUGAAUGGUUCCAAAGUUUGCUAGCCAGCAUUGAAGAUCAGAUGAUGGAAAGUGGAAAUGCAGAGUUUAUUGAGUUUCACAUUCAUCUCACAAGAGGAUGGGACUUUAAGACGGCACAGCAAAUUUACAUGCAAGAAGAGAAUGAAUCUGAUGUGCUCACUGGAUUGCAACAGAAAACCAUCUAUGGUCGCCCAAACUGGGAUGAAAUUUUUCCUGAACUGGCACGUAAACACCCAAAGGUAGACAUUGGAGUUUUUUUCUGUGGUCCGAAGGUUCUUUCUCAGACACUUCAUAAGAAAUGCAACGAACAUUCCACCAGCUCCACACGGUUUUUGUACAACAAGGAGAACUUUUUUAACUUGCUCGGCUAUCAACGACGAAAGGCACAUUUCUACGGUACGAUGAGCAAUUGGGUGGUCAACGAAGGUCCCAAGUGGCUAAUAAUGUUUCUUUGGAUUGGUACAAAUGUCGGUCUCUACUUCGGAUUUCACUUUAAGUUCGAACUGGGAAUCAACUAUUACAUUUUGCGGAAAGUUUUGUUUUCUGCUCUUGCCGUUGCCAGAGGAAGUGCUGCUUGUCUUAACUUUAAUUGUAUGCUCAUAUUGUUUCCAGUGUGUCGAAAUCUCAUUUCGUUGUUUCGCGGCACGUGUCGGUGCACGCCUCGGUCCGUCCGUCGUGUGUUGGAUAAGAACUUGACGUUUCAUAAAUGGAUUGCUUGGGCGAUUGCUUUUCAUACUGCUCUACACACUGGCUCGCAUAUGUUUAAUUACAAGUAUUUCAUUUCUGCUUAUGAUCUGAGAGGAUCUGAUGGUCAGCCGGUAUUGGGACUGGUUAGUCCUGAUUUCAAUCCGGUCAAAACCGAUCUCCAGGAUCCUGUGACAGUGAUGUGGACCACAAUUGCUGGAAUCACUGGCCAUAUUAUUAUCAUAUGCUUGUUUCUCAUGAUCACAUCUUCUAUAGACAUUAUGCGGAGGUCUUACUAUGAAGUGUUCUGGUACACACAUCAUCUCUUUGUUAUUUUCUUUGUGUGCUUUGUGAUUCAUGGCAUUCAAGGAUUAGUAAAGGGACACACAAAUACCGAAACUAUUUUUACUUCUCGUAUCAAGUUUGAUCUUGCAAAUAGAAUACAGACUGUAGGCAAACAAGACCCAGUACUUUGCUAUGCUGCUGCAACCGGAUAUCUAAAUGAUGUCCUUGGCCUCUACAACACUUCUCAGGCAUUGACAGCAGCAUUAAACACGACAUUUAUAGGGCUAUUGGAAUAUUGUGAUGAAUCACACUCAGAUGUAAAAUCGGGCGGUGCUCAGUCAUGGAAGUGGGUGGUUGUUCCGUUGUUCUUCUAUCUUGUUGAGAGAGUACUGCGUGUGUUUCGCAGCUCACGAACUGUUGCCAUCACCAAGGUGAUAGCUCACCCAUCUAAAGUGCUUGAAAUACAGAUGAAAAAGAAGGGAUUUCAUGCUGAUACAGCACAGUAUGUUUUCAUGUGUGUUCCUGAAAUUCGUUACUUUGAGUGGCAUGCAUUCACAUUGAGCUCAUCUCCCGAGGAAGACUAUUUCAGUGUUCAUAUUCGACAAGUUGGAGAUUGGACAACCGAACUGGCUAAACGCUGUGGAGUGGAUAGCAAGAAUCCAGAGUUUCAGCAAAGCUAUCACAUGCCAAAGAUUCUUAUUGAUGGGCCAUUUGGCACUCCUAGUGAGGAUAUCUUCAAGUAUGAAGUUGGGGUAGCUGUUGGCGGAGGGAUUGGUGUCACUCCAUUUGCAUCUGUGCUCAAGUCUGUUUGGUAUCAAUUGCAGCAGGCUGAUACAGACAUGAAACUUAAGAAAGUCUAUUUCUAUUGGAUCUGUCCUGACACUAAGUCCUUUGAAUGGUUCCGGAGCUUGUUGCAACAUUUGGAAGAACAGAUGUUCGAGAGGGGACAUGAUGGUUUCAUUCAAUAUCACAUUUAUCUUACUCGUGGGUUUAGCACAGCAAUGGUAAGAGAUGUAUAUAUGCAUGAAGAAGCAGAAGGGGAUGCCAUAACAGGACUCCAACAGAAAACUCGCUACGGUCGCCCAAAUUGGGAUCAGAUAUUUCCAAACCUUGCCAGCAAUCAUCCGAAUACUGAUGUAGGAGUCUUUUUCUGUGGACCGCCUGUAUUGUCUGCAAAACUUCACAGAAAAUGCAACGAAUACACAAACGCAACCAGCAAGAAUGGCACUCGCUUUUAUUACAAUAAGGAAAAUUUCUGAGUGUGUACAAUGAAAGAUGCAUUGUUUUUUGAUCCUGAAUUGAACACUGUGGUGAGUUUUAGCUGUCCCAUAGUUCUGUCAGUCUGUUCUGCAUUUUGGUAACUCACCUACUGCGUGUGUUUCAUUGAAUCUGCUGCAGUAUACCAAUUUAAUGACAAUUUAACAACAAUGUAGUGGAUAUAACCCUUUUGAUUAAUAGCUUGAACUGGUAAUCUAGGAAUCUCAGUCAUAAAUAUCAGCUAGUAAAGUGUACAACU